AUGAGGUGUGGAUGGCUAGGCGAGGAUGACAAGGCGUGGAUGGUGGCGUGGAUCAAGGCGGACACCAAGGCCAUCCUGGCCAUCCACGAGCACGUCAUCACCAACAACGCGCGCCUCAGCGUCACCCACAACGACUUCAACACGUGGACGCUCAACCUGCGCGACGUGAAGCGCGAGGACCGCGGCCAGUACAUGUGCCAGGUCAACACCGACCCCAUGAAGAGCCAGACGGCCUUUCUGGAGGUGGUGAUCCCGCCCGACAUCGUGUACGAGGAGACGUCGGGCGACAUCAUGGUGCCCGAGGGCGGCUCGGCCAAGCUGGUGUGCAAAGCGCGCGGCUACCCGCAGCCCAAGGUGGUGUGGAAGCGGGAGGACGGCGGCGAGAUCAUCAUGCGCAGCGCGAGCGCGGGCAAGACGCGAGUGCAACAGGUGGAAGGCGAGAUGCUGUCGCUGACCAAGGUGACGCGCUCCGAGAUGGGCGCCUACCUGUGCAUUGCGGCCAACGGCGUGCCGCCCUCCGUGUCAAAGCGCAUGAUGGUGCACGUCCAUUGUUGUUUGCACAUAAGUUGGUGA